UUUCCUUUCCUCGGACUAGCAGAGAGGUUGCUGGGACUUUUCAUCUUCCCUGAGGCACGAGGCACUGUAUGCCUCUCUGGCGCCAUUACUUCUCACAGCGUUGGGCUUACACAUACACGACGAACCGGGCAAUAAUGACGUCACGGAGCCGCAACGAUAUCACGAAUCUUCUCCGGUUGUCCUAUAGUAGAAAGUGUGCCCCCGCCCAGAGCUCCCCCGAAGCCGGGCGCGCUCCCGCCUGUGUGCUCGUCCACCGACAAUAACAGCAGCAGCUGCGUGAGAAGCUUUAGUCAGAGGAGGAGGAUUGCAUUCGCUGUGCGCUGCCAGGACUGGCCCCUGCUGCCGGCCACAGGGGCCCCGACACCUCACACUACACCCCACUGAGGACGGGAGCAGAGUCUGACACCCCACUGAGGGCACGAACAAUGACUGACACCCCAAUAUAGGGACAGAAGAAAAGAUUAACACCCCAUUAAGAGGAAGAAGACAGUGUGACCCCUCACUGCACCCCCUGAGGGCGGGAGGAGAGACUGGAACCCCACUCAGAACAAGGGGAGAGCAUGACACCCAACUGAGAGCAGGAAGCCAGUGUGACCCCCACAUUGAACACCCUAAAAUCAGGUUGCCAUCCAUAAGCUGCUUUACCUCAGAAGCAGACUUUGAGGAGAGCACACCACUGCUCUGUGCUGUCAGGGUUGCACCUCAAAAUCUUUGAAAGACACUAAGAUCAGGCUGCAAAGUGGGUGCAAUAUUUCAGAAGCUGUGUGCAAUCAUUGCUGUAGCCCCAAAGCUCUCUGUAUACUAUAAAGCCCCCCAAAUGCUGACUGUAUAGGACUACAGCACCCCCCAUAUCUCAGUGCAAUCAGGACUGCAUGCCAACACACUUCCUAUAGUAAAUGUGAAAGGACCCCUGAAGCUACGGAGCAUAGAAACUUCAUGCAAUUAGAAGUGCACCCCAAACAUGACUGUAAGGAGUAUAAAAGCGUAGUGCAAUCUGGAGGAACUGCAUACCAACAAAGAGACACCCCAGGAACUUGCCACCAAAAGGACAACUCAUUAAAAAAAAAACUGUGAGGAAAACCAGCUGCUGGAGCACCCCAGACCCUGCCCAAAAAUAGGAAAGCUAUCACAAAAGCUGACUGCAAAUUGCAUAUUAUUCCAGACAGGGACUGCAAAGAGUGCAGCACUCAAGAAGACAGCACUGUAACAGAUGGUAGUAAACAGGACAGCACAUAUCAGUGCAAUCUGGUCUGCACCCCAAAAACUUACUGUAAAGAGUAGAGCGCCUCAAGAGCAGACUUUGGGCUGCAUAGCCCCCUCAGAACCUGCUGUUGGCCAAGCUCUGCCACAAAGUCUAUCUACAGACAGUGGAGCACACCAAUGUCUUAUGAAAGGGACAACAGCAAUCCAGAAUCUCCCAAAAUGCUACUUCCAAAACCUGCUGUAAUAUAGAGCUUAACCCGUGUACCAGCCAAAGGCAGAACAGGCUUCAAGACUUUACUGGAUGCCCUCAGGUCACCCUAAACCUGCAUAAUAUCUCAUCAACUGCUUGCUGAAAAGGUCACAUCGCUGCAGAAGGCGAAAUAUCACUUCACCACCACAGCCUGGAUCUUAGGACCCCACUUCAAAAGGAAUAUCACCCCUAGGAAGAAUUACCAGCCAGCCUACUAUAUAUAACAGAGUAUCACCACAGGUCUGGGCAGACUGGGCUGCCCCUUUCCCUGGGCACCAUCCUAAUCAGGACAGCAUCCCUGCACCCUGCCUAACCUCAAGGCACAACCUGUCGUCUUCCAUAUACCUGGCGCCUCCGUGCCUCUUGCAGGAUGCACCCUGCAACACUCAUGUGAUCUCUCUUUCAAGUCUUGUUUGCUGAAUUAGACUCCAGAGACCCAUUCUAUUGCCUCUUUGAGGAGGCCAAACAGACAGAAAAGGGGUCAUCCCACCAUCAUUCCCUACUCCGGAUUUGGACCGCCAGAAGAAGCCUCAUGGUCCAGAAGCGGGACCUCACCUAACUGCAAGAAGACUUCCACAUUUUAAAGGUGGUUAAUGGAGAGACGGUCGAAUGACAGCCGGGACUGUGGUCAUCACCGGUGGUAUAUUAGCGACUGUUAUCCUUCUGUGUAUUAUUGCCGUUCUCUGCUACUGCAGGCUACAGUAUUACUGUUGCAAGAAGGAAGACUCGGAAGAGGAUGAGGAAGAACCAGAUUUCGCUGUCCAUUCCCGCUUUCCACCGGUGCACUGCAACCGGAACGUAGUCCUGGCCAAUGGCCCCUCCCUCUAUGCCUCACCCUACAACAAGAAACAACAGCACUGCCGAAGUGUCUGCCAGGGCUGCUCGCACAAUGAGCCGCCCGCCUUCCUCCUGCACCCGCCGGAGGAGGUCCGAAACGGAGGCGAACGCAUCACCUAUAAGACCAUCAGCCAAGAAGAGAUUGAACUGCCUGUUAACCUGAGCAAUAUACAGGUACUUAACCCCAACCGUCUCUCUGCUAUGAGGGAGGCCUUUUCCCGCAGUCGGAGCAUCAGUACGGAUGUCUGAAGGUUGUUGUGACGCUAGCACCCGAUGUGACGCUAGCACUUCCUCGGUCCUACCCGUCUGUAACACUAAGCAUCACUCAGCACUACUUCUUUCUAACAUUUCUCAACACUUCUGUGAAACAGAUCCCAAAGCCCAACAGCCUUCCUUCCCUUGUGCAACCGUGUUGUGCAGGAAAAAAAAACUUUAAAGCACACUUUUUAUUUUUCAAAGACUUUCCAUCUCCCUGCCUCCAUGUUCCUUUCACUCCUGAUGUUGUUUGAGCUUUUACAUGAACGACAAAGUGUUUUAAACUAUGAAUGUAUUUGAAUAUGAUAUAGUAAAUAUAAACAUUUGUCACUUUUAUCGUCAAGCAAAAAAGGAAAAAAAA